UUUUUGCCCCUUUCUUUUUAUCUUCUUCCUUACGCUCAAAGUUCUCUUCUUUCUUUGCUUUUUCUCCAACUGGGGCUGUGACCACAACUUUUAUCAAAGAAAAAAGUGAAAAGAACAUAAACACUGUAGCUUUUUUAUUUUCUUGAUUUGAACCACAGUUGAGAUCUUUACUAACAAGUUCUCCAACUUUGAGGGCUGUGCUCUAUUUCCUGCUUAGGCUUUUAAGAGACCAAUGAUGGAGGGUCCAAUAGAUGCUGAUGUCUUGAUGGACUAUGUUGAAUUUCAGAUUUUCCCAAGCCAGAACAGGUACGAGUCACAUAUCUGCUACAGAAACAAGUUAGAAACAGCAGCCUCUGGACUUCUGGAGCAGUUGAUACUUCAUUCGCCCAAAAUCAAAUCUUUGCACUCUAAGGGAUCAGAUGCCAAUUUUAGAUUUAGACCUCUAGGGAAUCUUAAUGACGCUAAAUGGUUCACAAAAUCCACAUUGAUCAGGUUUCUUCAUAUUAUCAGCUCAUCGUCUACAAUUGAUAUGGCCAAGGCUAUGGUAAAUGAGAUAUCUCAGCUUGAAGAAGCUCGGAAGUUUCAUAAUUCUUUAUAUUCAAAGGGUCCUCAGGAUCGUAUUGGGAGCGGGGAAGAAGCAGAAUGCGAGUACUCAAGUGGUGCAGUGUCAUCAUCUCAGCAAGAAGAAGAUAACCCGUCAUCAGAUGCUUCCAAGAAUGAAUUGCUGAGGGCGAUGGAUUUGAGGUUGACUGCUUUAAAAGGGGAAUUAGCUGCUGCUUUUGACCAAGCUGCUGGCACUACAUGCUCUUUUGAGGAUACUAUUAACAUAGAGAAGUUCUCUUACUAUUUUGGAGCUGUUGAAUUGAGGAACUGUCUGCAGAAGUUUAUUUCAUCGAGCCAGCAGAACAGGGCUAGUGGUUUUCCGGGUAAAGAGUUGUCUCUUUCAAAAACUGAUGUUAGAAAUGACAAAGUUGGUUCAGAAAGGGGCAAAUCUCAAACAUCUGGACCAUCAAAGUUAGAUACAACAGUGAAAUAUAGUGCUUCCCCUGCAAAAGCUGCACAGAUGGAGAGGCAAAACUCAUCAGGAAGCGAAGAAUCUUCCUGUACAAGUGAAGAGGAACAACCAUCAGGGGAAAGAAGUCGAACUCUAAUAAGAUCUGCAUCUCCGAGAAGGUCUGCAUCUCCAAUGCGAAGAGUCCAAAUUGGGCGCUCUGGGUCACGAAGAUCCACUGCUUUAACUAUUAAGAGUCUAAAUUACUUUCCUGCCAGAGAAAGGUCAAUCUCUCAUAACGAUGCAGCUGCCAGCGAUAGUGAUGAGGAAGACUCUGAGCAAAUCUCAAAAAAGGCUGAGAAGGAUGCGUGUAGAAUGAGUGUGCAAGAUGCAAUCAGUCUCUUUGAAAGCAAACAAAAAGGCCAAGGUGUUGAUUAUCAAAGGACAAAGUCACUAUUAAGUGCCUCAGUUGGUGCUAAUAAAGCGGUAUUGAGAAGAUGGAGUUCAGGCGUGUGUGAAAGUUCUAGAGGCUCUGUUGAUGUUGCUUCUGAUGAUCCAGUUUCUGAGGCUACCAAUAAAUUGGAAAAUCAAGAAACUGAAAGUACUUUGGGCAUGAAACCUGAUUCAUAUCCUCCUCCCAAAAGCCAUGACGCCGAGGCUGCUGCUGCUGAUUUCAAACAAAACUUACCUGAAGAAGAAGCAUAUAGUCCAAAGGUUGCAAGAGAGGAAUCUUUCCCUAACCAAAGUGAAGAAAUAGGUGAAAAGUUAAAUGCCUCAGUCGAAUGGACUCGACAAAAAGAAGCAGAGCUAAACCAAUUGCUCACAAAAAUGAUGGAAACCAAGCCUAGCAAAUAUCAGAACGUGGCAGCAACUGAUAGAAAAAACCAAAGUCGUCCCGCUGAGCGUCGAGGUGGGUUCUAUGAUGAUUACAAAGAAAAGAGGGAUGAGAAACUUCGUGGUGAAACUUCUAGGAAGGAUAAACAAUUGAAAGCAAUGCAACAAAUUCUUGAUGAAAGAAAAGCUGAAAUUGUCACAGGAAAUGCAAGUAAUGUUAGCAAAAAACCAAAUAUUAAGAGAACCCAGAGAACAGUCAAGAAAUCCCCUGAAUCUGCAAAGACCAAAGAUGGAACUCCUAAACCUACUGUUGUAAAGAAAGCUUCAUCAAAAGCAUCGCAACUGCCAGCGACACGGAAGUCAUGGCCAUCUUUGCCGUCACCAAGAGUUGCAGGGACAUCAACUGCUAAAACUCCUCCUGUAACAAAUUCUCCAGGUACUACACCUACCCGCAGAAGAUCACAGCCAACACCAGCAGUUCCUCAGACAAGCCAAAAGGUUGAGAAGUUACAACCCCAAGCAAAAUCUGUGAAAACACCCCAGAAUAAUAUCAGAAAAAAUGUUACAAAUGGGAAUGACAAGAAGCAGCAGACUCUGACAAAAGCUAGCAAACCUACAAAAGCCAGGAUUCAGCCUACCCCUGCAGAUUCUGCAUCCUCUGCUAAAUCUAGACUCAACAAGGUAACCAAGAAAAGUAGUGUGGUACCUCUGGAAUCAAAGGAGGCAAAGCCUUUUCUUCGUAAGGGCUCGGGUACCGGACCAGUCAUAAAAGCCAAAGUUUCAUCUCAGCCUGAAAAAUCUUUGAGGGAAUCUACGGACCUUGUUCAAGUUGAGGAGAACGAGAUGGCCUCUGUUGCUUCUGGUCCUCGUCCUCUUAAUCAACUGGACAACAGGGGUCUUGAGGAGGUCAAGAUCCAUGAAGAUGAAGACUCUGUAAUUCAGUUAAACAGCCCUCAAGAAUAUGAAGAUAGAGAGAGCUGCAAUAAGGUUACGCCAGAUAAUGAAGAUGAUAUUGGAAGGAUGGAAGAAGAGUCUCCAUCUCCACUGAAAAGAGAGGUUGAAGAGGAAUCGAACAUUUCCCCUAGCGCCUGGGUGGUAAUAGAGGAGCAGGAGGAUCAAGCCCUUCCAUGUAAUGAUGAUUUUGGUCCUAAUGAAUCUGUGGCUGAUGUUGCAACUGUAAGAAUCUCAAGUCCACGAGUUCGUCAUUCUCUGUCCCAAAUGUUGCUUGAAGAGAGCAGUGAAGAUGUUAUUGACUGGGGUAAUGCUGAGAAUCCUCCUACUAUGGUAUAUCAGAAGGAUGUGCCAAAAGGAUUGAAGCGGCUUCUAAAGUUUGCUCGUAAGGGUAAGACUGAUUUAAAUUUAACUGGUGUUUCAAGCCCGUCAUUUUUCUCUGAAGGCGAGGAUGAUCCAGAGGAUUCUAAACUUCUCACGAAAAGUAGUUCUGACAAUCUACUGAAGAAGGCUACACUUCAUGCUAAGCAUUCUGGACAACCAAAGUUGUCUUCUGAAGACUAUGAGCUAUCCGCUCAAACAAGUAUAGGCAAAAUUGCUGCUCAGAAAUUGCAAGCGAGCCGGCUUUCAGCUCCAGCAAGUACAACAAAAGCAUCAAGAUCGUUCUUUUCUCUUUCAGCAUUCAAGGGAAGUAAAUAAAAGAUUCUAAGUUCCGAUGAGAAAGCAACAGCAGACCAACCCCUCGAGUCUUAAUAUUGGGACUUGCAGCUGUUGCUUCUGACAGUGGCUGGGGGUGUAUGUUUCUUUUUUCUGUUUUGGUGCUUUAUUUUCCUUCGGAUACGCUGUACACUUAGGAAUACCUCACAAGUAGGGAGGGGUUACAUUUGUCUCUGUACUUUGUAAAUUCACUGUUAGAAAUGUAGUUUCUUUUGUAGGAUGAUUAACCAAAUUCAAUUUGUUAUCUUUGCACAGAGCAUGUUGCUGUGUCUGACUCAAAAUUUUGCAAAUAUUACUUGUAAGACAUUUAGCUCUUUGCUUAUUUUACUAUUGAACUGGUUUGUUGUGCUUU